CGAAGGAUCAAUAAUCAACUGUCGAGCAAUUAAAUCUGCGUCGCAAAGAUGUCAGACUCCAAGCAGCUAAUGGCCCAGAAAAGUGCCAAAAUCGCUGCUGGGGCUGUUGUGUGUGUGGAGAGCGAAAUAAGAGGAGACGUGACCAUCGGUGCCAGGACAGUUGUCCACCCCAAAGCCCGGAUCAUAGCAGAGGCAGGGCCCAUCAUCAUUGGAGAGGGUAAUCUGAUAGAGGAGCAGACACUCAUCAUUAACAGUUAUCCUGAGAACAUAAUGCCAGACACAGAGGAUGCUGAGCCCAAGACCAUGACCAUCGGGACCAACAACGUGUUUGAAGUUGGAUGUGUGUCACAGGCUUUGAAAAUUGGAGACAACAACGUGAUUGAGUCCAAAGCCGAUCUCGGGAGGAACGUGAUCCUGACCAGUGGCUGCAUCGUGGGCGCCUGCUGCCAGAUCAACACGUGUGAAGUGGUGCCAGAGAACACGGUGGUGUACGGCUCAGGCUGCAUCAGGCGCGUGCAGAGCGAGAAGCCGCAGCCUCAGACUCUGCAGCUCGACUUCCUCAUGAAGAUUCUUCCCAACUACCACCACCUGAAGAAGACGGUGAAAGGAAACAACACACCUGUAAGAAACUGACGCAAAUCUGGAUCCAGAGGAGGAAAAAAAACAAAAAGAACCCUGCAACCUGAAGCGUCAGCACAUGCAGCCACCUGAACGUGCUCUUGUCUUACAUUACUGUUUUGGUGUGUGGAUUACAUGUAGCACAGAAAAAAAUGAUCAUUGCACACUUAUGCACUUUUGCUUUCGGACCAAUUUUAUGAAUCUCUAUGAAAGAUUUUGCACGUGAACUUGUACGUUUACAACUUGUUCCAGUAGGAUCAUCACGAUAUGUAAAUCAUUGUAAUAAACAGUCCAUUUAA